GUGACCUCUUAUCAAUUUAUAAAUAAUAACUCAUGCAUUGCAACAUAUGUAGACAAUGACUGAAAACGCGAGUAAAAACGAAUAGCUUGGUCGACGUAUCACGAAUUUUACCGAGUUUUUACGAGUGACACAAAAACGAAAGAAGAAAGUGAUUAAUACAUUUUCAGAAAAUUGUUCAUUGUCGAUCUAUUCUGAAAUAAAUGGCUACCGGAGGCAAACAUGCACAGGAACUGAAAGGAUCAGAUCAAGUUAUAGAUUUUAGCUGUACAUUCUGCAGCGAAAACGAAGGGCUUACAACUGAGGCUCAGUUUUACUGUAAAGAGUGUGUUAAAUGUUUCUGCACCGAAUGUGUUAUACUUCACAAUGGAUUGUACAAGAAACACGUUGUCAGCGGAAGGGAAGAGAAAGAUGAAUGGCCAGUUAAUGAAUCAAAUUUAGGCCUCGAGAAGUGCGAUCAGCAUCCGGAUAAGGACAUCGAGCUGUUUUGUGAGGACCACAGUCAACUGUGUUGUCUACUGUGUCAGUUUACUAACCACAGGUUAUGCGAUGUCGUUUUUGUUGCUGAAAAAGAACAAGGAUUUCAACCAACUGUAGACACUCAAGCAAUUAUAGCGAACAUAGAAAGCCAGCUUAUUCACGUUAAGGAAAUGAUGUCAUUUAGGGACAAGAAAAACAUAUCGUCACAGGAAUCAUACAAGAAAACAUCUGAAGACAUAAAGGCUCUUCGAAAACACUUUGAAGAAAUGUUUGAUAAAAUUGAGAAGAAUACCAUAAGAGACUUGGACAAUAAGAUGGAGGAACUGAAAGACACUCUUAAAUCUGACAUGGAAAACCUAAGUCAAGUGGACGUUAAUUUGAAGCGUAUCAAUGCGGCCAUUUCUGCUCAAACAAGGAAAGGGUAUCCAUUGACCUUUAUGAUGGAAAUGAAAUAUAUGAACAUUAUGUCUACUUCAGAAAGUAUAUUAGACGAUUUGGAUGAAGGUAACGAUGCAGUGAUCACAUUCGAAUGCAAUCCUGAAAUAGAAUCUUUUGUUGACCAGAUAAUGAGCUUUGGACAAUUUUGCAUCUCAAAAAGUCCAAGUACGACCCCUGUAUAUAUAAGUCCUAAACACAUUGAUCAGCAUUGCAUCAGAAUGUCGCAUGAACGUGUGUGUGACAUACGUGGCAUAUGCGAGUUGUCUGAUGGGACACUAGUAAUUGCAGACAGAACCAACAUUUCAAUCAAAGUGUUGGACGACAAAUACAACGUUGUACAUCACAUGACUCUAGCUUUUCCACCAAACGAUAUCUGCUGUGUUAGCUCUACCAAGGUUGCGGUCGCUAUGAACUCAAUGACUGGUGGUCAAAUAAUUGUCCUUAACGUCACAACCAAGAACGUCACUGUUGAAAACACAUUUGAAUUUAAGCACAAAUGCACUGGCAUCACCUCAACUGAAUACAGCAUGUUUGUCACCACAAAUACGGCUUUAUUGCAGUAUAAAAUGACCGCAGCUAUGGAAUUCGUGAAAACUAUUUACGAAGACACAUCCUCGUUUCUCACUGUGAAUAAAUGUGCUAAACGCACGAACAGGCAAACGAUCUACGUGACAAACUACAAUCACAGUCAGCUCCUCGAAAUUUCGAGGAAUGGAACUGGGAAAAUGUGCACGAGUUAUUAUAUAACAAACCCAACGGGUGUGCACGUAACUGAACUCGGGCAAGUUCUCGUUUGCACUUACAGCUCAAACACCGUGGUUUUGACUAACGAACACGAGUUCCACAGUACCAUACUGGCCGAAAAGACGGAUGGAGUAAAGCGCCCGCAGUCUGUCUAUUACAGCAAGAUGCGUCGCGAAAUAAUUGUUGGACAAAAUUGUAACAGACUAUUAGUCAUUAAAAAUUGCAUUUAAUUAAUGAAAACCACGUUCUGCAUGUACAAUUUUAGUGUUCGUUUUACUGUUUGUCUAUGUUUAAACCAUUAUUUCUGGUACCAAAAUGUGUAAUUUUAAUAGUUGUGUGAGAGUGUAUUAUUGAAGUGUGUAUACAAACAUAAUAUUCACAUAAUUAUUAAGAUUAGCAUGAUCAUUCAUAUAUGUUUUUGUACAUAUUUUAGAUCAACAUGAAUGUGUUUCCUCUGACGGCAGAUUUGUCUAUUUGUUAUGGGAUAAUUUUGAAAAAAUCGUAAAUACAUCACUUAAUAAAAGAAAAUUAAUGUACGAUACAAAUGAAACAUCGGCAUAUAAAUGUCUUAUGUUUCACAAAAAGCAACAGCUUUAAAAAAAUAACAUCAAACGAAAUGCAAGGUCAAUAAUAAUUGGGAUACACAAGUUAUCUGUGCGCGUUCCUAGUCUAGAUGAUAGAAUCAAGUUUGAGAACGCAUGUUGCCUUGCAGCGUCUCUUCGAUUUACUGAACACGAUAAAAGUGAGAAGUAUUAUCAAAUACAUUAACCACACCCGGGACUGCAAUCCUGGUCGUGACACUAGUUUAAUCCCGCUCUCAGGUUGUCAUGUGUUAAUGUGAUUUUUGGUAUAAAUGAGACUGGAUUGAACUGGAUUCAAAACAUGUGCGCCAAACCUGGGUUGAACGUCAAAUGCUUUGCUAAUUGUUUAGCUUUGAUUGUUCUGUGAAGGUUACCCUUAGUUUUAAUCAAUUGCAUGCACAAGUUUGAAUUUAUUGUCGUACGCUAUGUUGGUUUUGGCCGAAAAAUAGUGCAAAAGAGUUUCCGAUGAUAUGAAUGUAUUUCUAAGCAAGGGAAUUAAAGUACCUUUUGAUUAUUUAAGUAUGUGAUAACAUCGUUCGACGUUUCCAAUAUUGCACGGUUUAAUAAGUAAUCGUAUAUUGAUAUUAUUCUUUUAUUUACGUUGGUAAGAUGCGCAUACGGGACUUUUUUCACAUCUUUGUUGAGCAGCCUUUGUCCCUUCGACAUAUGGAAAGAAAAAAUGAAUGUUAAGAAAUUUAGAAAAAGCAAGUUGAGAUCUUUUUAAUUGUGAACAUUUAUGUCGCAAACACCUAAAAAUUGUGAAACGCGUGUCGCAAACUUCUCAAAAUUACGAAAUUCUAAUUUUCAUAAAUAAGUAUACUUAAAGCAUGUUUUCCUCUUUCAUCAUGUCAAAUCAUGUGAACGUAUUGAUACAGUGUGUGAACUUUAAUAUUGAUAAAUUGAUUUGAUCUAUCAUAUUAACACAAAUGUAAAAUCACUUAUGACUUACCAGUAUUUCUGUUGUUCUUUUCCAUGACUUAAAUGUGUUGAAUGCUGAUUAUUUGAAAUGAUGCCAGUUUCCAUGCUGUUUUGCUCUUUCGCUUGCAAGAGUAUUCUUUUUUCAUCACUUUAACAAACAUUUACUGCGAAUGAACACAACAUUUGACAUCUGACUUCCAAUGGAUGUACAUGUCGAAACGUAUCUCAUUUCUACUCUGAUGUUGUUGUGAGCAUUUUAAAUUAUUUAUAUGAAGUGCCGGCAUAUAUGCUACAACAUUAUAAUGAAUGUGUAGAAGUUAAAUUUCCAGUUCAUUA